GACGUCACAGUGCAUUGUUGUGACUCGCGGAGCGGAGCAUCCCUCAAGCUGUCAGCUGCUGGGGCCAGCCAAGCCCCCCCCUGCUCUCCUCUCCCGUCCUCUCCCUCCCUCCUUCGGGGAGGGGGCGCCUGGCAAGUCCACGUCAUCCUAUCAUUGUCUCCUGUGCGGGACCCUCGGGCUCCCUCCCCUCCCCUCCCUCCCUCCCUCCCCUCCCCCCAAGAACACCGUCUCAAUGAGAUGCAAACAUGAAAGACAAGAGGAAGAAGAAGGACCGCACCUGGGCCGAGGCGGCCCGCCUGGCACUGGAAAAACAUCCCAAUUCACCAAUGACUGCAAAGCAAAUAUUGGAAGUAAUUCAGAAAGAAGGGCUGAAAGAAACAAGUGGCACUUCUCCACUAGCUUGUCUGAAUGCAAUGCUUCAUACUAACACUCGUGUUGGUGAUGGGACAUUCUUCAAAAUCCCUGGCAAGGCAGGACUCUACGCACUCAAAAAGGAAGACUCUACAUGCCCAGCAGCAGAUGGAACGUUGGAUUUAAGUUGUGAAUCAGAAUUGGAUGGCACUGAAAUGGCUGAGCCAAGCAAUAGCAAUGGAGAAGAAAAUGGAGUUUGCCCCAAGCAAGCACCUGAAGAAGUGUCUUCCAUUCGGGACUCAAGCCUUACAAAUGCACCAAUGCAAAGCAAGCUAGUGUCUUCCUUCCAACAGCACACCAAAAAGGCACUUAAACAGGCUUUGAGACAGCAGCAGAAAAGAAGAAAUGGAGUCUCAAUGAUGGUAAACAAGACUGUUCCUCGUGUUGUUUUGACACCAUUAAAGGUGUCUGAUGAGCAGUCGGAUUCACCUUCAGGGUCUGAAUCUAAAAAUGGUGAAGCAGACAGUUCUGAUAAAGAAAUGAAACAUGGGCAAAAGUCUCCAACUGGAAAACAAAUGAGCCAGCACUUAAAGAGAUUAAAAAAAUCUGGUUUAGGACAUUUGAAAUGGACCAAAGCUGAGGAUAUUGACAUAGAAACACCAGGAUCUAUUCUUGUGAAUACUAAUCUGAGGGCUUUAAUAAACAAACACACAUUUCUUUCCUUACCUCAGCAUUUCCAGCAGUACCUCUUGCUUUUGCUUCCAGAAGUAGAUAGACAGAUGGGAAGUGAUGGAGUUUUGCGCCUCAGUAGUUCCGCUUUAAAUAAUGAAUUCUUUGCAUAUGCAGCACAAGGGUGGAAACAGCGAUUGGCAGAAGGUGAAUUUACUCCUGAAAUGCAAUUGCGCAUCAGACAAGAAAUUGAAAAGGAAAAGAAAACUGAACCCUGGAAAGAGAGGUUCUUUGAAAGGUUUUAUGGAGAAAAGCUGGGCAUGUCAAUAGAUGAGUCUAUGAAGCUUACAUCUGUCCAGAACAACAACACAGAUGAAGAUAGUUCACUCUGUGAGUCUUCAGAUUUGCCUGGUCCUUCAAGAGAGUCAACUUUUGAUGAUCAUGAAGAGAAAAGCAGCCAGCAACCAAUUCUGGCUGAGAGAGAUUUCUGUCAGUCACUUUGCAAUAUGGAGCAUAUUCCAUCCAAGGAUCUAAUAGCAGAAGCUGAAGACAUUUUGAUACCAGAAGAAUCAGUUAUUCAAGAAGAGAUUGCUGAGGAGGUUGAAACAAGUAUCUGUGAAUGUCAAGAGGAGAACCAUAAACCAGAACCUGUGAGUUCUGAACAACCAGUCAGCCCAGAUGAUACAAAGGAAGAAACAGAUACUCUACCACUCACAGGGAACUCUGAAUCCUGCGUUGUGAUGAAUGAUGUAAUGAGUACAUUGUCUCAUGUUGAAAUUAAGGUAGAAGAAAGAGUGGAUUAUUCCCAGGAAGAAAUGUCAGUCAUGAAUGAUCAGCUAGAAAGCAGUUUAUCUCCACAGUCUGCUUCAUCUACAAACUCUAUAAGUAACAUGGAAGAAAAAGAUCUAGACUCCACAAAAGAGCUAGGUCUUCAUGAAAAAUAUUCCCCUGCCCUCAAUGGGUCUUUGUUCACUGGUGGAAGUGUUGCUGUACAUAUGGAACUGCAAAGUGACCCUGAUGAACAAUCAUCAGAAAAUGCUUGCAUUUCUGAAACUUCCUUUUCCUCUGAAAGCCCAGAGGAGCCAUCUGUCAGUAUUGCAUCUCCAGGAGGUGACACACAGUCUACUUCAGAAGAACCUUGUACUCCAGUAUCUCUGGAAACAGCUUGUUCAUCUGAUAUAUCUUGCACUGAAAAUCCUGAAGCUGAUAGUGAACAAAAACUUAUUGAUGAUCAUUUGAAUGCAUCUUUAAUGUCUGAAGUAUCUCCUAUGCCUGCCUCACCUGUAACCUCCGAAGCAUCUCUGAUGUCAAAUUUACCUCUAACUUCAGAGGCAUCACCUGUUUCUAAUUUACCUUUACCAUCAGAAACAUCACCAAUGUCUGAUUUGCCCUUAACAUCUGAAACUUCCUCAGUAUCUUCUGUUCUUUUAGCUUCUGAAACAUCUCAUUCAAAUAGUUUACUGUUAGCUUCUGAAGCAUCUCCACUUUCUGAUUCCCCAUUGAGUGAAAGAUUUAUUCAGCAAAGAAAAUCUCCAUGUUCAUCUGAAGAAUCUAUGUCAUCAGUGAGAGAAGAAACCUUUGCCAUUUCUAAUGCUUCUCAAGAAGAGAAUCUUGAGUCACAAGAGAAGCAGCCCCAUGGUGCAUCUGAAACUGUGAAAGCUGUCACACCUGAUGCUUCAACAGUGGAAGAAUCUAGAAACUUUACAAAUCAAGCAUGUAGGUUGCAUACUGAAACAGAAAAACCUUUCAUUUCUUCUGCUGCAGAACAUUCUUCUCCAGAAGUAAUAAAAACCAGAAACCAUGGUGUCCAACACAGAACUGAAAAGAAAGGCACAGUCUCUCAGCUGGAAGUAUCUGUUCUAACGGAAGCUGGGGCGUGCAAAAAUACUGAAUCUCUUCCAUCUAAAUCUCAUGAUAAGCUAUAUACCUCAUCAUCAUUGGAAAAGUUCUCAGAAGUGGGUCGAAGUAAGUCUCACAAACUUCAAGGAACUGCACAGAUUCGAUUUGAAGGUUCCCAUUCUUCAAAGUCCUCUGAAACUACAAAAUCACCAGAAGUAAGAGGUGAAAACAGGGACUUGGAGAUUCCAAAGAGGAAGACUGCUGAACACUAUGGUUUUGGAAUCUGCAAAGAGAAGCGAGCAAGGAUCGAAGAUGACCAAUCUCAUCGUAAUACAUCAGCAAGUUCAUCUGAAAGAGAACCACCACCUAGAGAAGAGCCCAGAGUUCCACCUCUUAAGAUUCAGCUUUCAAAAAUUGGCCCACCUUUUAUCAUCAAGAGCCAGCCUGUUUCCAAACCAGAACCUAGAGCUUCUCAGAGUACCUCAGUCAGCAGUGGGAGGAACACUGGGGCAAGAACGCUGGCAGAUAUCAAAGCAAGAGCCCAACAAGCUCGAGCCCAAAGGGAGGCAGCAGCUGCAGCUGCAGUUGCUGCAGCUGCAAGCAUCGUGUCUGGCAGUUUAGGGAGCCCCUGUGAAGGAGGAAAAACCAGGACAUUGGCACAUAUCAAGGAGCAGACAAAGGCCAAAUUGUUUGCAAAACACCAAGCCAGAGCCCACUUGCUCCAGAAUAAUAAAGAAACCAAGUCUCAACAUGCCACCAAGGAAGGUCCACAAACAGUGGAGAUUCCUGCUUCUUCUGAAACAAAAAUUGAAGGUUCUACUGGUGUAAUUAUAGUUAAUCCUAACUGCAGGUCUCCUAGCAACAAGUCUGCUCACCUCCGUGAAGCUUCUGCUUUAUUGCAGCAGUCACUUAAUGCCACUACUUUACCAGAAACUAGUACUGACAUCUCUGUUCACAAUUCUGAUGAAAAUAUACCUGUGUCUCAGUUGUGUGAGAAAAUGCUUUCAUCUACCUCUACAGAAAGUAACAGUGUGUCAGUGCUAUAUAAUAAAAAUUCAGUACCCAUGUCUGUGUGUAGCACUGCUAUGUCAGGAGCAAUUAAGGAACUUUCCUUUGCAGUUUCUGUUGAUAAGUCCUCCGUCUUAAUGUCUAUUGAAAGUACAGAUACAAAGGCAUGCAAUAUAACCAUGAUGAAAUCCAUCCAUGGGGCUGACACUCCAUGCAUUGCUCUCCUGCCAAAAUCUGUUGAGAACCCCACUGCUCCAGCCACAGUAGAUAGUACAGUCUUGACAAAUUCCUUAGAUGAAAAAAGAUUGCCAAUGCCAAGCAGCAAUGCCAAUAAUGCCAUCUCCAGCCAAUAUACCACCGUGCCAACUUCAACUAUUUCAAGUAAUUUGCCAAAUCAUCUGGUUGGUAGCUCUGUUUUGAUUCCUCCAGUGGGAUCAACAAAUAGAUAUUCUUCUGAUAAGAUAGCCAUAACUGGAUCCAGUGACCCAUGCUCUUUGUCAAAUACCACCCCAAUUAGGGCAACUUUACAUUGCAAUGAAGCACUUCCAGUACCAGAUCCUAUCGGCAGGACUUCCAUUUCAGUUUUUGCAGGUAAUAUGAUGACAGUAGGUUCUUAUGAAAAUCCCACCAAAGUGGGUUCUGAUGUCAUGGAGAGAAAUUCUGGAGUGCGAAAUCAUUUAGAUAUGUCUGGAAAAUCCUCAGGAGGUUACGCACAGACACCUAUGAAUAGAUCUAUACCUUGUAAAGUCAUUGUUGACCAUACAACAACAACUAUAAAUUCAAACUUGUCACUGAGUAUUUCCUCUGAAAACAGCACAAAUAUGCAGACGAAGCCCAUUAGGACAGAAACUGCCUUAAAAAAUAUAGCAUGUCCUCAAGUGUCUGUAAUAAGCAGGCCAGAGUUGCUUACUAAUGAAAAUCUUGAGCAUGGUUCUGGCUUCAGUACUGUUCCAACAAAGCAAGAUGGCAAACAUUUGCAGACAGCAUGCACCGGUCUUCGAGAAGUGCCUCUUGUGCCUCAGGAUAAACGACUUGAGGAUGUUUCUCCUGGCCAAGGUUUUUCGGAACAAUUGCGAGGUCCUUUGGCUUUCAAAAGUGAAGUAGAAAAUAUCUGUGCCAACCCUUAUAACUCUAAUAGCAGAAUCUGCUGGAAUGAGGAUGAAGCAAUGAACACUGACCCGUCUUUCAUCGGUCAUCAUAACCCAAAUAAGCAUAAGGAAUAUACUGAGCAAAACUGUUUAAAAAAUGUCAAAACAGAGCCUUCAAACUUCGUACAUAUGAAUGAAAUGCAUUCAAGUAACAUUGUGACAAGCAUUGCAAUGCCUGUUAAGUCAGAAGUUAAUGAAUCUGACAAAUGCUUUAGGAUGGACACUGAAGAUUUUCCAAGACCUGAAAUACCUCUCCAGGCUGCAGCCAUCACCACAAAUACACAGACUGCACAAGGCUCCAAGACAUCUGUUCCAAAUUCCAUGGAAAACUCUUUGUCACUGACAACAGAAACAUUAAAAAAAGUUACAAAUAUUGGAAGCACAAGCUGUCGUUUGUCAUCGGUAGAAGCCAACAAUCCUCUUGUGACACAGCUACUGCAAGGCAACCUGCCAUUGGAGAAAGUGUUGCCACAGCCCAGGUUAGGAGCCAAGUUAGAAAUUAACAGGCUUCCCUUGCCUUUGCAGACUACCUCAGUAUGUAAGUCAGCAGCAGCUGAGAGAAAUGUAGCUGAAAAUCCUUCCAACUCUCCAAACCCAGAUGGCAGAGGAUUUGCUGCAGGCAGCAUAGCCCCACUACAAAUCAGAAAACGUGAGAACCAUCCCAAAAAGAGAGUGGCCAGAAUAGCAGGGGAUGUUAAAUGUGAGCCUGGGAAACCAUCAGUAGAUGCUGAUGUUAAAGUGGGCCCCUGUAUCAUCACUUCCAGCAUGAAUCAACUUGGACAUGGUCAGCUGUUUAAGCAAGAAUGGCCAAGCAAACAUACCAUUCAGAGCAGGAUUGCCCACAGCCCAGAGAUCAAGCAGCAGAAGAGGCCAUUGCCUGCGUGCAGUUUCCAACAGAACUUAUUCAGUGUGGACAAAAAUGGCAGUUUCCACGCAGAAGCCAGCACCUUACAUAGACAACAUUUCUACCAAAUGCCAGUGACUGCCAGAGGUCCCAUUCCUACUACAGCAGCUCUGAUGCAGGCAAACGUAAAGGCCCCAUCUGGCUGCAACACCUUUGCUUUCAGCAGGCACCUAGAACAGAAGGCAUUGGGAGAGGUCAGCAUGUCCCCAGCUCCUCACCAACUGAGGCUUGCUAGUGUUUUUUCCUCUAAUAUUCAGAUUAAGGAAGGUGAUGACAUCUCGAGUGCCUCACAGACUCUACAGAGUAAGUCCUUAGUACAUCCUCCUCCCCCUCUACCACCACCACCACCACCACCUCCUCCUCCUCUUCCCAAUGCAGAAGCUCCAUCAGAUCACAAGCAACCGGCAGUUCCUAUGGAAACCACUAAAAGACUUAGUUGGUCUCAGCCAGCAAGCGUCUGUAGCAAUAUAAAAUCUGAACCUGUUUCUUUUGAGGAAGGUUUAAGCAGCAGCUGUGAGCUGGGCAUGAAACAAGCUUCUUACGAUCAGAACGAAGUGAAAGAACAGUUGAAAGCCUUUGCGCUGAAAAAUGCCGACUUCCCUUCCUAUUUACUUUCUGAGCCACAGAAGCCUUUUGCCCAAUUAACUGCUCAGAAAAUACAGACUCAGCAACAACAGCAGCCGCCGUCUCAGCAGCAGCAGCAGCAGCUCUGUGGAAAUUAUCCUACGAUACACUUUGGUAGCACAAGCUUCAAAAGGGCAGCAUCUGCAAUUGAAAAAUCCAUUGGAAUGUUAGGAAGUAGUUCAAACACAGCCGCGAGCCUAUCUAUUCAGAACACUCAGAUUCCAGUUCAGAAAUUUGCUGACAGCAGCAGUGCAGAUGAGCUGGAACUGAAGUGCUCUUGCAGGCUGAAAGCCAUGAUAGUGUGCAAAGGCUGUGGCGCCUUCUGCCAUGAUGACUGCAUAGGCCCUUCAAAAUUAUGUGUCGCCUGUUUAGUUGUGCGGUAGAAUCUCAACCAGAGAUGCAGGAUCCCUUAUCAGCCACGGACAGCAAAGGAAAGGUGGGACAACUGGAAUAUAUAAGGCUAUUUUGUAUCCAGAUACAAAAUAUUAAUAGGGGAAGCUCUGUUUAGAAUUUACAGAUUUCUGCUUGCAUGGCUCUCCCUAGUAAGAACAACCCCUUUGAAUCAUGUGCCCAGUUAAAACAUGUCAAGCUUUCUUACUGUGUUAAACGUUCAGCAAAAUUGCAUUUUCAUACCUGUUUAUGUGCACAAAGUGCAGAACAUUCUUUUUACCAUUUAUAAACACAACAUAUCUUCCUGUAAACUAAAUGCAAAAUUCUUAAUCUCCAAAUCUCUGUGCCUAACAGAGGGCAGAGAAGCAGGGAAGCUCUAGCCAGUGAAGAAAAGGCAAUGGGAAAGAAUUGUAUUCUUUUUGCAAUAGUAGACCAUAAUAGUUAUUGUGUUCCUGAAGCCACAGUUGCCAUCCAUGAUUGACUUAUAGGCAGCAAAAAGGAAAGAGACAUUUUUGACAUCCUGAUAUUGAUAAUUUUGAUCCCUUUAUAACAAGUUGUAUGAGAGGAGAUUUAAUUAAGACAGGUGUCAAGGAUUACCUGUGAUAAUUGGAAUCUGCAUGAUUUUAGAAGUUUGGAAGGGGAAUAACUACAGCUGUUAUAAUGUAUUUACUCAUUUAUCUUCCCCAAACUUCACCUACAAAUUUCUCCUGAAGGAAGAAAUUCAACAUAUAUAUGUAUAUGGACCAUAAUAUAUAAGCAACACCCAUGUUCUGAGCAGUGAUACCAUUUCAAUACCCUGAAACUAACUCUUUUUUAAAAAAAAUCUGGCUUUGUACAUCCAAAAAAGCAAAAAAGAAA